GAUCUGCGAUGGCGAUUUCCGGCAUCACGAAGCUGCCAUUUAGCAGCAUGGUUUUCAUGCUCCGCUUCCCCCGCCGCCUUCGCUCAAAGUCCACCCCUCCAACUGGCAGCAGCAGCGGCGGCGGAUCGGGAAUCGCGACGCCGAAAUCGGCCGGCAGCAAAGAGGACGAGUUUCGACAGGUUUUCCGAUUCCUGGACGCCGACGCCGACGGCAGGAUCUCCGCCGCGGAGCUGAGGGCUUACUUCGCGUCCGUCGGCGAUUCCGUUUCUCACGAGGAGGCCGAGAAAAUCAUCGGAGAGUUGUCCGGCGGCGGAGGCGAGGGUUUGAUGCUAGGGUUUGGAGAAUUCGUGCGGGUGAUGGAACUGCGAGACGGCGGAGAUUAUGGCGGCGAUAGCGUUGUUGUUCUCCGGCGGGCUUUUGAGGUGUACGAGGAGGAGAAAGGCAGCGGCUGCAUCACGGCGGAGGGAUUGAAGGAGGUUCUCCGCCGCCUUGGAGAUGUAAGGUCGGUGGAGGAAUGCAGAGCGAUGAUUGGGGUUUACGAUCUCGAUGGAAAUGGUGUGCUUGAUUUCGAUGAAUUCUACAAGAUGAUGACUAAUUAGUAAUUAGAAAUACUACUAAAUUUAGUAAAAUGACUGCUUAAUUGUAUUCUAUAUUACUGAUUUUAGUUGAUUUUAAAUGUAAGUAAAUAAAGAGAAAUGCAUAUUCUUAGU